AUGGGACGUGUUAAGGAUCUUUUAGAGAAAAAAAAAUUAGUCAUUGACGGUGCCUUAGGUACUGAGUUGGAAAGAUUAUUACCAACAACUUCGACCUAUCUCCCUAGCAGCAGCCCACUUUGGUCUGGUCAAGUUUUGAUCAAGAACCCGGAGUUGGUGGAACAGGUCCAUUUGGAUUAUAUCAAUGCUGGCGCCGAUAUGAUUAUUACUUCAACAUACCAAACAUCAUAUGCGUCAUUGCAUAAAUACAUUGGCUAUGACAUGGAUCAAGCCGUCACCCUUUGGAACCUGGCUUUGGACGUUGCUAAAAGUGCAGUGAAGAAAUCUGGUAGAGAUGACGUUAUUAUUGCUGGGUCUAUCGGCCCUUAUGCUACAUUGCUUGCCAACGGAUCAGAAUAUAAUGGUGAUUAUCAAGGUGUUAGUGACCAAGAGUUGAUUGAAUACCACACCCCGUUGUUUGAAUUCUACAACAAUUCCGAUGUUGACAUUAUAUGCAUUGAAACUAUUCCAAGCUUUCAAGAGUUGAAGGUUAUAAUUGGGCUAACAAAAAAGUACACUUCCAAGGAAUUUUUUAUUUCAAUUAACCCUCAAACGGGAUCUGCUUUGAGUGACGGAACAUCUUUGACUGAGGUAGCUCAAUUGUUUGCUGAAAUCAAUGACCCAAGAUUUGUUGCUGUUGGUAUCAACUGUACCAGUUAUGAGAAUGUUGACCAAAUAUCAACUUAUUUGACCAAUUUCCCUAUUUUUAUCUACCCCAACUUGGGAUUUGUGUAUGACACUACUGUGCACAAAUUUGUUUCCAAAAUGUUGCAAGAAUCAGCUUGGGCAAACAGCAUCGCAAAGUGGUUGAAUCUCCCAAAUGUUAAAGCUAUUGGAGGUUGCUGCAGCACUACUCCAGCGGAAAUCCAGCAAGUGGCACAAUUGAUCAAGCAAUAG